AUGAAGUCUUAGUUGGCCAUAUUGAUUUUGUUAUUGAUAGUAGUGGCUUAAACAAGAAGAAUUAACUUUUUAGGACAUCGAAACGAAGAUGAAAAUGAAAAUAAAGGAGAUGGAGAAGAAAGUCAUGGAAAUGGAGAAGAAAGUAACGGAAAUGAAGGAGAGGAAAGCGAUGGAAAUGAAGGAGAAGAAAGUGGAUAAAAGGAUUCCGGUGAUGAAGGUAAUAAGUUAUAUAUGAAUAAAAGGAUCGAAUAAUGAUGGUUCAUGUUCUAAUAGUAGUGGUUCAACAGGUAGUGAGCCAUUUGAAUAAGAGACAUGUAAAGGUGUAAUGUUCGAUGCAGGAAGUUCAGGAACAAGAGUGUUUGUUUAUAUUUGGCCUUGCAGAUUGUUUAAUUAUGCAAAUCCAGAAAUAGAAAUAACAUAAAAGGUAUCAAAAAAUAAAAUAUGAUUAAAGGCACCUUCAGUUAAAGUUAAUCCUGGAAUUUCACAUUAUGGAGAUAAUAUUUCUGGACUCAGAGAAUAUUUCAAGCCUUUAAUUGAAUUUGCUAAUGAGCAUGUUGAAGAAGAAGUCAGACACAGAACACCUAUUCUACUUGGAGCAACAGCUGGUAUGAGAAUUCUAGAUUGGAGUCAAUAAUAUGAUGUAAUGGAAGAAGUUAGAAGCAUUUUAAGAGAAAGUGGAUAUUUAUUUGAGAGCUCAGAUUGGGCAAGAAUUAUUAGUGGAAAAGAUGAGGUUAAUUUAUAAAUUUAAUAUUAGGGUGCUUAUUUAUGGUUGUCAGUUAAUUAUUUAAAAGGUUAUUUUGCUAGUAAUAAUAUUGAUGAAUAAGGUAGAUUAAUUGAAAGUUAUACAACUAUUGAUAUUGGUGGUGCUAGUACUUAAUUGGCUGAUGAUAUUAAUGAGGAAGAUCAAUAUUAUUUAUCAUACGAUGAUGAAUAUUAAACAGAUUAUCAUACAUUUGAUACAUCUAUUUAUAAUAUUUCAUUAUAUUCUCACUCUUGGUUGUAUUUUGGUUAAGAUUAAGCUAGAAUUUAGAUUAAUAAAUUUUUGAGAAAUUUACAUAAAAGAUCAUCAAGUUUUUAAAACCCUUGUUUUCUCAAAGGAUAUAAGUCUUAAUUUAAUGAUGAUGUUGAAGUAAUUGGAACUGGUAAUCCUAAUGAUUGCAAAGAUUUGAUUGAUUUAUAUUUGCUUGGAUUUAAUAGCACAUGUGAUUAAUGUGCACUUUAAGAAUCUUAUAUACCAACAAUAAGAUCUGAUUCAAAACUUUAUGCAGGAGGGUCUGCUGAAUUUGUAGCUAAAGUUUUUAAUGAUGACGAUGACUUCACAUGGACUUAAUUUGAAUUUUUUGAUGAAUUUUGUUAAAAAGAAUUUGAUGAAAAAAAUGAUGAUAAAUAUUAUCCCACUUAAUGCUUCCUUGGACUUUAUGUUUAAGAAUUAUUAGCUAAUGGCUAUAGAAUACCAUCUGAUACGUAUUAUUAUAUUUAUUAUAUUUAUAGUUUAAUUGAAACAGGAAAGAUCAACAAAGUAGAACCAUCAUGGACAUUAGCUGCAAUCUUUGAUUAAAUUGAUGAUAAUGAAUCCUGCUCUGAUAGUCCUCAUUGUAAUUUAAGAAGACAUAUGAAAAAAUGGAGAAAAGACAGUUUCCAUCCAUCUAUGAAAGAACGCAAACGAAACGCUCCCCUAUCAAAUUUGGUUCAAUGAUAU